CUGCAUCGUCGCCCGCCGUCAACCACCACCGUACGCCAUAUCUGCAGAAGCUGGUUGUACGAGCCGAAGUUCGCCGUGCCAUUCUAGGUCUCGUCCUCGUCGCCUUGGUCCAGCACACCCAUCGCUCCGGAUUUUAGCCGCCAUAGCCGCGAAGCUCACUGCAAGCCAGCAGCCUGGAGCACCGACGGACCUGCGGUUUUCCGUCAAGGUCUGGACCGACCCAACGACCGGCAGCAAAGUUGCGGUUGACGCACGACGAACAAAACAACAAGCUCCGCCAUCUUCAUUACAACGCCGCUCACCACGCUCUCGGUUGCUCCGCCGUCGGAUCUGUCUGGUUUGCUCGCCGAGCCGACAACAAGAUACAGUACUGGCUGACGAGGAAAGUUCUAUGGACCACCUACGCAACGACGAUGAUGGGUUUCCUCCUCCGGCGGCAGUGGCAGAGUUAUCUCCUCUCAAAUUUUGGCUUGCCUAUCUCGUUCGCAGAAGUCAGAAAAGGGUUUGGUGUAUGGAUUUUAGUUGACCCACUAAAUUAAUUCACAUUUGUGAUAUGUGGUCUAAAGAAUCCAUACGUGGAUGGACUUAACUCUUCUCAUGAUGGCUGGCUGAGAAAAUACGGAGCAAACAUCUAGCUUCUGUUAAAGUAUGUGGGCCAGCAGAUAACAUUUAGUCCAGAACCAGUCUAAAAAAAACGGUGGGCCGUGGUUCUUGCAACAUAUUCAGUCCACUUUUAAAAGAUAAGUACUCUUUAAUUUUCAUAUUAUUUAUAUUUAUUUAAAUCAAUUUUUUUUUCGGGCGAGCAUCACACUAUCACGCACUUAUGAUCAAAUACCUAGUAGAGUGUGGCUUGAGACCCAUCACUAGGAUUUAAAGCCCUGACUCCUCAGGCACAAACCCCGACCAAGUCGGGCAUGAAGACAAAACCCCGACCAAGUCGGGUACGAAGACCGGUCUUAGUCAUUCCUCGAGUGGCGACCGUUGCUUACGAAUGGCUCACACAUCCAUUCUACUAAGUAUUUUAUCAUUACAUUAACAAUUCACAUCUCCACUUGUUUCAAGUGACGAACUCCCGAUCGGGAACAUAAAUCCCAAGAAUUUUUUUUAUAUGUAUGAUAAAUGUGUAGGUACGAAG